AUGGGUGAACCCACAUCAGUGACUUUGUCGACACCCCGGCCUGGGACCGAGGAACCCAUCAACUAUGGCCCCCCACAAGAAGGCAUCUUUAAGCACAUCUCAAAGAUCGUUCCGUACUUCCGCGACCCUAGAAAUGUCCUAGUUUUUAAACUAGACGUCAUGCUGCUUGCAUGGAUGUUCCUGGCAGGCAUCAUGAAGGAAAUGGAUCAGUCUGCAACAACCCAAGCCUACGUCUCGGGCAUGAGAGAGUCCCUCAGCCUAUACGGCAAUGAGCUUGUCGAAUUCAAUACCUUUUUCUCAAUUGGAUUCCGCCCCUCAAUGUUCCUUCCAUUCUGUGAGAUGAGUUGGGGACUGCUGGUACUCUUCACAUACAAAGCCCCGAAUGCGCAAACGAUCUUCGGACUCCGUUUCUUUCUCGGACUGUUUUCAUCUGCCUUCUGGCCAAGCGUUGUCGCCCUCAUAUUCAACUGGUACACCCCCACCGAGCUCGCCGUCCGAGUCGCCUGCUUCACAGUCUGUGACGUUGCCGGCGCGAUGUUCCUUGGUGCUCUGCAAGCCGCUCUGUUUCGCGACAUGAACGGUGUUCAUGGCCUCGCCGGCUGGCAGUGGCUGUUCAUCAUCGCCGGCUCCGUCACAGUGGGGCAGGGCCUCAUAGCCUUCGUCACCGUGCCCGAUUCGCCAGCGAAUACACGCGCCAUCUACCUCACCGAGAACGAAAAGCGCCUGGCUCGUGAGAGAAUGGGAAACUCUGGCGUCAACACAUCCAAGCGCAUUCCGGCAUCCGUACUCCGCCAGAAGCUGCGAAAACUUAUCGUUCAUCCAAUCACGUACUUCUACCUCCUCUCUUUUGCCUUUGGGGCUUGGGCUCAUAGGGCGAAUUCCUACUUUGUCCUGUACCUUGAAAGCAUCAAAGACUCAGCCGGCAACCGGGUUUAUGACACGUACCAGGUCAACAUCCUACCGUUGGGUGGGUACGCCUUGCAAAUUGUCACCAACAUUGGUCUCAACUGGCUUUCCGACUGGAAGCGUUGGCGUUGGCAGAUAAGCAUUUUCUCUGCCGCAGCUCACGGCAUCUGUCUAGCAGUCUUAUGUGGGUGGCCGUCUGAUCACAAAGUCAUCCUUGCGUUUUACUUCCUCACGUAUGGCACCAACGCCGGUGGCCCAUCGCUCAUAGCAUGGAUGGCUGAGAUACUCCGAAAGGAGCCCGAGGCGCGUUCCAUUAUCGUGGCUUUGACUGUCACAGUCGUCUACAUUGGCCAUGCGACUAUACCCCUGGGGGCGUUCCGCGUCGCAGACGCUCCGAGAUACCCUAUCGGAUUCCCUCUUACAACUGCGUUCACCGUGGCUACAAUUCUGACCCAGCUUGGUAUGUUGUGGUGGGAUAGGCGGCAUCCACAGAUGGCAGAGUACGGAUAUGAGCCAGCUAUCAGUGCCCAAGGUCUGUCGGACGAGGAGAACGCCAAAGUCGCUGAAUCGGAAGCUCCAGUCAAUGGAGGCAACGAUAAGUCGACUCAGAUCUCGGGUACGAAAGAGCUGUAG